AUGGAUACUGAGGUUCACUGAAAAAGACCUGUCUCGGAGACCAGAAGACAUUGUUUUAGCAUAAUCUUGUCAGAAACAGGAAAAAAAAAACGGUACGGCGUUUCGUGAUAUCACUGAAAUAGACAAAACUCGGAAAUCAGUGGACCGUGGCCAUCUCAAGUGACCCCAAACGUGUGUCGUUCUUGUACAUAUUGUACAGGUAUAAACGUGGCAGCGAACUACGAAGAGAUUUUACUUUAAUGUCUUCCAGCAAUCUUGCUAAAAGUUCUGUAAAUGCUAAAUUUGCACACCCCGUGCACUUGCUAAUUUUGUAACUGACUUCAUCUUGACUGGAACCAGAGAAGGUCAAUGACUGUGACUGUAGCGAAGGGGAAUCACAUUGUAUUUUCGAUUUCUUCUUUCUAGUUGUUGUUAGAUUUAUUUCUGGCUGGGGAAAAGCCAGGUUCUGAUUUAAGAGCUCAAGUGACGGAAACAAGUCUACAGUUGGUGACAGGCGGCGGACAGUGUCGGACAGCAGACGGUAGACAGUGACUUCAAGUCCUUCCAGAAGAGGUCAACAUGGAGCCCGCGAGUGUGCAGAGACGCUGGUUCGGAGGUCCUCGAACAAAUGAAAAAACUUUCUGAAGAGAUAUCAGGGAAAACUGAGAGUCCCACAGAAGAGGCACACAGAGGACAAUCGUUCCGACUGCAAACUGGUCUGGAAGUCACGGUUCCUACAGGGGCUGUGGACGGCGAACUGAAAAAGAAACCUCGGAUGCAAUGCCUCAUCUUCCUUGCUUCUGUCAUCAUCUUGCCCGCAGUUGUUAUGUUUCCAGAUAUGAUGGAGCUAGCCAUUCUUCAAGGCAUUGGGUUGGAAGAUGUCAGUACCUUAAUCUCCCUUGCUCAGGAAUACACGGAUACAUACAAAAUCGUAUACGGAGUCUUUGGUAUAGUGAGCGGUAUUCUCAUCACUCUGUUCAACUACCGACCUGUAGCGGCGGUUGGGGCAGUUUUGUCAUGUCUUGGAUGUCUGAUCACAUCUUUCUUGGAUCUGGAGAAUGAGCAAGCUGUUACCUUCGUCUUCUGCAUUCUACCAGGUGUGGGCAACAGCUUUCUGUACACCGCAGCGGUGGUGGCGAUACUGGAAUGUUUCGGGAACAAAAGGAUGCUCAUUGUCAUCUUCACUUUUGUCUUGGAGAUCCUUGUGGAGCUGAUCCUCGCGCUUAUUGCACUACCUAACAUGUAUGCUGUGCUGAACUCGAGUUGGCGAGCCACCUUGGGGAUCAUGUGUGGGAUCUACGGACUGUGUCUCCUGGCUUCCUCUGCUCUGGUCCCUCUCAACUUCUACAUGAAAGACAACCCUCGUCAGAGUCUGCGCAGCCGCAUCAUGAACACUGAGGCCCUGCGUGUCUUCAAGUCUCCGCUACUCUACGCCAUGGGUGGCGUCUUCUUCUUCACGGGAAUAGGGCUCGAUACUCCAGUAAAACAAGUAAUGUACUGGUACAUCUUCGCUCCCGUGAUUCUGCUGGGUGCUGUCUUGUUGGCUAUGAUAACCAGCUGCUGCUGCUUCAGAAAGCUGUCAAGGGAGACAUCCUUGGUCCUGAUCACAGCCCUUGGUUUUCUAAUGGGAAUUUUGUCCCUGUCAGUCAAAGGGUUUGAUGCUCUGCCAUAUACAUGCGUCUACAGCGUCCUCUACGGCCUAGGAUAUGGUUUGCGAGAACCAGUCACAAGAAACCUGAUUCCACUGGUGAUGGGACGCGAGUGCCUGGGACUUACAGUCGGGUGCCUCACUUUUGCGUCGGGUGUCGGUUCCAUUAUAGAGGAGAAGAGCACAGUUGCUAUGGAGAGCGCCCUGAAACGAGUAGAUACAUCUUUUUACUUGUAUGGCGCCGCUCUGAUCACAUCGUCGCUGAUGGUGCUCGUCGUCAUCAGACUGGUUAAAACUGCAGCUGGAACCCCGUAUCAGAUCAACAACGAAGAGCAAGGCGUAGCUGAUGUGACACAGCCUCCAACGACCGGCACGAUCGACCUACCCAGGGAAAAUCUUCAGGUUGUUUGAAAAUAACACAUUACACCUUGAAAAUCUGAGUAUCUUAAAGGUAGCACCUCUCACUUCGGAAAUCCCGCCGUACUUUUAAUUCAUUUCACCAACUGACGGACAGAUGACACGGUGCAUAUGAGAAUUCUGGAUGUCAUUUGUAUUUAGAGAGAACAAAUAUUUUUAUGUGCUGUAGAACUUCGAUUCCAUACCAUGCUUUGAUGAAAGGAAAAUGUCUUCUUUCCUCCCUCUCUCUCUUCUCUCUCUCUCUCACACAAUUGGAAAAUUCAGUUCUUCUGACCCCUUUAUGCAAAUAUAAAUAUUGUAAAUACUCAGUGAUGGACGUGUACUGAAAAGAUUGCUCUGUCGAACUAACGAAAUAGAAUUUAUACAGUCUAGGUUUGUUUGGUUUUUUUUUUUUAUUUCUUUAUGUUUGAAAAACGAAGAUUAACUCUAACUGGUAAGCUGUUUUUUGCAGUGUAUCUGGUCCUGAAAGUUUUACAGUCUAGUGUUUUCCUUUAUGUUGUGUAUGGAGAUGAUGAGGAUAUUGGUUGGAGAAUGGGAGGCCUAGGAUGGCAGGCCAAAAGAACUAUAAUCUCCGUGUGUAUAUGGGAAAGUGGGUGUGGGUGUGUGUGUACGUGCACGUGUUUGUGUGCAAGUAGAGUGGAAUCUUCUUUUUUUCCCAAUAAACUUCUUUCACAUUUGUACAAUUUAUUAAAAAUCGGAAUUAUGUGUUCAUUUUUUAAAGAUCAGACUACAAGAUGUACAUUUUUGUGAAAUUGAAUGUUUAUGAGACAGUUUCCUAUUAUAUUUUUUAAUAACAUACCUUUUAUCUUACAACUUAAUGUCACGUGCUAUUCUUGUCACGAUUGAUAGUUUUAGUAGUGGAAUUAGUGUAAGCUGCUGAAGUUGUCAUUUAACGUUUUCAUGUAUCAAACAAGCAUUCAGUGUGAAGAAUUAACAUACAAAAAUGUUUGCAUAUUGGUUUGAUUAUCAAAUUUCACUAAAGUUGGCUAUUAAAACAUCUGGACUUGGC